UCUCCAAUCAUAAGUCGUUUCUCAGUGAGGGUUCCUAUCUGAAUUGCAUUGAGCCAUUGAUAUUUGUCUUCCUCUGCGGCAAUUUGUCUUCCUCUGCUCUCUCGCUGUAACUUUCUCGGGAAAAUUUCACACCAUCCACGUUUCACCAACGAAAGAAGAAAUUUCAGCAACUUGAGUCCACUUUAAAGAGAUAUGCAAACAUUUAGUCAGAUAGGACCGUCGGAGAUUUUCUUCAUCGCUAGAAGAGACAACCCCUGUACGAGUAUUUGCAGGGCACAGCUUUGGUUCACAGGAAGACUCCAUUUCCGACAAGACUCAUUUGGGUUUCGCUUAAAGAACAGAGUCGUCGAGUACAGCGCGAGACCUGUCCCUCCAAACCUGAUCGCAGCAGAGAAAGAAGAAGCCAAAGCCGUCCUAACCCUCUUCUUCAAGAAGCAAGGUCUCAGCAACAGCGUCUCCGUCAGGAUCAUCAACAAAUCCGAUCUCUUCAUCGACCACCUAGUCUCCAGACUCCACUCCGUUCACAAAUCCCGUUACCUCGUGGGAAGAGAGCUCACCACGCUCGAGAUACGAGACUCUCUCAUCCCUUACCUCGAACAGCUCCACGAACAACACGGCCAUCUCCUCUCUGACCUCGUCGUCAGCUUCCCCGAUCCACCACCCGAAGACAGACCAGCUUCUUCUUCUUCACCACCUCUAGCUCCACUCACAGCACCUCCUGGUCUCGCUGCAGACACUAAGAAACUAAGAGCCGUCUCUCGCGUCAGCGAGCUCGACACAGAAGGUUCUUUACGUCCUCAGACGCUCUACCUCCUCGACCUCGGCCUCAACCUCGAGCAGAUCAAAACAAUCACCCGCAAGUUCGCAGCGUUUCCUUACUACAGCCUCGAGGGAAAGAUCAAACCCGUCGUGGAGUUUCUCCUAGACCUAGGUAUCCCCAAGUCAGACAUUCCCACCAUCCUCUGCAAGAGGCCGCAGAUCUGCGGGAUAAGCCUAACCGAUAACCUCAAACCAACGAUGGCCUUCUUGGAGACGUUAGGCAUCGACAAGAACCAAUGGGCGAAGAUCAUCUACCGUUUCCCGGCCAUCUUGACUUACAGCAGGCAGAAACUCAUCUCCACCGUCGAGUUCUUGACCCAAACCGGUUUAACCGAAGAACAGAUCGGGAAGAUCUUGACUCGUUGUCCGAACAUCAUGUCCUACAGCGUGGAGGACAAGCUACGUCCCACGAUGGAGUACUUCGAGUCUCUGAACGUCGACGUGGCGGUUCUACUUCAUCGAUGUCCGCAGACGUUUGGUUUGAGCAUAGAGACGAACCUGAAGCCGGUGACUGAGUUCUUUCUGGAGAAAGGUUACGGGUUAGAUGAGAUAGGGGUGAUGAUCUCUAGAUACGGAGCUUUGUAUACUUUCAGCUUGAAGGAGAAUCUGAUGCCUAAGUGGGAUUACUUUCAGACGACGAUGGAUUAUCCCAACUCGGAGCUGGUCAAGUUUCCGCAGUUUUUCGGGUAUAGUCUCCAGGAGAGGAUCAAGCCGAGGUACGAGCUGGUGAAGAGGAGCGGGGUGAGGCUGCUGUUGAAUCAGGUUUUGUCCUUGUCCGGAGUUGAGUUCGAGAAAGUUGUUAAGAAGAAGAUGAUGAAGAAACUUGUGUCUGAUCAUCAUCAGCAAAAGUAGUAGCGAGCUGUUGUGAAGGCUUUUUUUUUUUUAGUUUUUUUAGAGCAAUAAGGAGAGUACUAAUGAUGGAUGUGAUAAAAACCAAUUCGUAAUAUUUAUUAAGCUCAUUUAUUCA